AUGUUUGGAGGUGGUCGAAAAAACGAAAAGCCAUCAGAUGCGAUAAAGCCGGAAAAUGCUCCCAAAAAAGGAGGCGGCGGUUCUGUCACUGGUUUCGAUCCAGAAGGUUUGGAGCGUGCGGCCAAGGCGGCUCGAGAAUUGGAUGGCAGUCGCAAUGCUUCCGCUGCCAUUGAAUUGAUCAAAUCACAAGAAGCUACCAAGCAGCACGAGCAUGCUGCCAAGCGAGCUGAAAUGGAUGCCUAUGCCCAACAAACUCGGGCCCAAAACAUUGAACGAGAAGCUGAAGAAGCCCGAAAAACAUUGGAUGCCCAAACACAACAUGAGAGACAUCGUGCCGAGUACAUGGACGAACUUGAACGCAAGCGACAAGUCGAUAUGUUGAAUGCUCAAAAGUACAUGCAGGAAGAGCAAUUGAAAAAGCAAGAAGAAAUGGUGGCCCGACAGGAAGAAAUGCGUCGCAAGACGGCUGAUCACGAAGCUGCCCUUCGUACCAAGACCGAAUUGGCCAAGGCCAAAGCAGAAGCCGACGGUAGAAUUCGUCAAGAGCGCGAGAAUCAUGACUUGAUAGUGGCAAAGCUAAAGGCAGAAGCAAUUGAAAAACGCGACACUGUUCUCAAGGGAAUUGCCGAUGCGGGAAAAAUGGUUGGGGAAGGUCUGCAGACGUAUCUAGAUGAUACGACCAAAUUGCGCAAUACCGCGUUUACCGUCACAGGAAUUGCUGUCGGUGUCUACACGGCGAGGACAUCGAUCGGAAUUGCUGGACGAUUUGUUGAGAGCCGCUUAGGAAAGCCCAGUCUGGUCCGAGAAACCAGCCGAUUCACGGCGAGUCAACUCGUGAGAGAGCCAGUCAAGACAUUCAAGCACACCUUUGGCAUUGGCAGAUCUGAAACUGACGCCCUGAAUGGAAUUGUCUUGGAGAACAGCUUGGAGUCCCAACUUCGAAAGAUUGCCGUUUCAACGGCGAAUACGAAAAAGAAUCGAGCUCCCUUCCGUCAUUUAUUGUUGCACGGUCCUCCAGGUACCGGUAAGACUAUGUUUGCUAGAGGUUUGGCCCAGCACUCGGGUCUCGAUUAUGCCGUAUUGACGGGAGGUGAUAUCGCGCCCUUGGGACGAGAUGCCGUCACUGAAUUGCACAAACUCUUUGACUGGGCCAAAACCUCACGCAAGGGUCUUUUGUUAUUUGUCGACGAAGCCGAUGCCUUUCUCCAAUCCCGUGAAACCACUAAGAUUUCCGAAGAUCAACGGAAUGCCCUUAACGCCUUUCUUUUCCGUACUGGUACCGAAUCCGAUCAAUUCAUGAUGGUGUACGCUAGUAACCAGCCUUCCCAAUUCGACCCUGCCAUUAUGGAUCGUAUCGAUGAAAUGGUCGAAUUUGGACUGCCAAGUACCGAAGAACGCCGAAAAAUGAUUGCCAUGUACAUUGACAAGUAUCUACUCAAGCCACCCACGUGGGCCAAGGCCGUCCAGACCGAAGAUAUUGGCGAAGUUGAAAUUGAAAAGGUGGUCCAAGAAACGGAGGGUUUUUCGGGUCGUGCUAUUUCCAAGUUGGCCAUUGCAUGGCAAGCAGCUGCCUACGGAACCGAAGGUGCCGUGUUGGACAAAGCCACGUUUUUCCAAACAGUGGAGCAGCAUAAGCGCAGUAUGUCCACCAAGGAAGUAUGGUUGAAGGAUGCUGAAUUUAGAGCAGAACAACUUACAAUCGAUGCUUGA